AACAUCGUUUCAGGCAACCCUGGGGUUGUUAUUUUGGGAAGAAAUCAUAGGGAAAAAGAAUAGUUUUAAAUUUUCUUUUCGUAUAUUUGUUUCUUAGUUAUAAAUACAGCAUAGAUGGAACAUAGAUGUUUUGACUUUGUGUGUUUGGAGCAUGCAACAUCCUGGUCCAGGUGCAGCUUUGCAGUCUCUCGAGCAUUAUAUUCUACUACAGUCCACGAUCCAAAUGAAUCUACAUUUGACAAGAUCCUUAUUGCGAACAGAGGAGAGAUUGCAUGUCGGGUGAUUAAGACUUGCAAAAAGAUGGGGAUAAAGACGGUUGCAAUUCACAGUGAUGUGGACGCCAAUGCUGUUCAUGUUAAGAUGGCAGAUGAGGCUUCCUGUGUUGGACCAGCCCCCACCAACAAAAGCUACCUCAACCUGGAUGCCGUCAUGGAAGCCAUUCAAAAGACCGGUGCCCAAGCUGUCCACCCAGGAUAUGGGUUUCUUUCAGAAAACAAAGACUUUGCUAGACGUCUGGCUGCUGAUGGUGUCACAUUCAUUGGACCUGACAUGCAUGCUAUCCAAGCCAUGGGUGACAAGAUAGAAAGCAAGUUAAUAGCCAAGAACGCAAAAGUCAACACCAUCCCUGGUUAUGAUGGAGUGGUCAAGGAUGCUGAUGAAGCUGUCAGAAUUGCCAGGGAAAUCGGCUAUCCCGUCAUGAUCAAGGCUUCAGCAGGAGGUGGUGGGAAAGGAAUGAGAAUAGCCUGGAAUGAUGAUGAGACCAGGGAAGGAUUUAGAUUUUCAUCACAGGAAGCCGCCUCAAGUUUUGGAGAUGAUCGCCUCUUGAUUGAGAAGUUCAUUGAUAAUCCUCGGCACAUUGAGAUACAGGUUCUCGGAGACAAACAUGGUAACACACUGUGGCUGAAUGAGAGAGAGUGUUCCAUUCAGAGAAGGAAUCAGAAAGUUGUAGAAGAGGCACCAAGUGUUUUUCUAGAUCCAGACACCCGAAGAGCCAUGGGAGAGCAAGCGGUAGCAUUGGCGAAAGCUGUCAAUUAUUCCUCUGCUGGCACUGUUGAAUUCCUCGUGGACUCUAGGAAGAACUUUUAUUUCCUAGAAAUGAAUACUCGACUUCAGGUUGAGCAUCCUGUCACUGAAUGCAUUACUGGCCUGGACCUGGUCCAAGAAAUGAUCCGUGUUGCCAAGGGUUACCCACUUUGCCACAAGCAAGCUGAUAUUCCCAUCAAUGGCUGGGCAAUUGAAUGCAGAGUGUAUGCAGAGGAUCCCUACAAAUCCUUCGGACUGCCUUCAGUUGGGCGCCUCUCUCAGUAUGAAGAGCCAUUACACGUGCCCUGUGUUCGUGUUGAUAGUGGCAUUCAGGAAGGAAGUGACAUUAGCAUUUAUUAUGAUCCUAUGAUUUCAAAAUUGGUGACCUACGGAGCCAGCCGUGCAGAAGCUUUGCAGAGAAUGGAAGAGGCACUGGACAGUUAUGUCAUUCGAGGAGUGACUCACAAUGUUCCCCUGCUCCGGGAGGUUAUAGUUCACCCACGCUUUGUUAAAGGAGACAUCACUACAAAUUUCCUUCCAGAAGUCUACCCCGAUGGUUUCAAAGGACAUAAGCUGUUGGAUUCUGAGCACAAGGAGCUGCUGGCUACAGCCGCAUCAAUUUACGUAGCUUCUCAGCUGAAGGCUCAGCGAUUCCUCCGAAGUUCUACAAGGGCUCCCGCUGUUAAACGAGGAGAAAGGAGCUGGGAUCUGUCAGUACAGCUGGAUGAUGGGACGCAUUCUGUUACAGUCUCACAAGCAGGUUCAUCAUACACUGUGGAGGUUGAUGGAAAGACAUUAAGUGUGACCAGUGAAUGGAACCUAGCGUCACCCUUGUUGCCUGUCACCAUUGACGGAACCCCAAGGACCAUUCAGUGCCUCUAUCGAGAUGCAGCCGGAAAUAUGAAGAUUCAGUACCUUGGGACAGUGUACAAGCUCCAAGUGUUGACCCAGCUGGCAGCGGAGCUGAAUAAAUACAUGCCGGAAAAGGUGCUAGAGGACACUGGCAACACCAUAAUAUCACCCAUGCCUGGAACAAUUGUCAGUAUAAACGUAGCAGUUGGAGAUGAGGUUUCAGACGGUCAGGAGGUGUGUGUCAUUGAAGCAAUGAAAAUGCAGAACAGUUUGAUGGCUACUAAAUCUGGAAAGGUUAAAGAAAUAAACUGCAAGCCAGGAGACACUGUUGGAGAAGGAGAUGUCCUUAUAGAGUUUGUGUGAUGUGCGUUUUUCAGAGGAGUGUUAUAGAUUCACCGUGCAUCAUGUUCUCCGACCUAUAACUCCAACAG